UGCACGCUACCCCAUUGAAUCAUUCGAAAUACGACGGUUGCUAGUCAGAGUUAUUCCGUGGUAGCGAGUAAGUUUCGACCCCAAACACCGACCAAUCAGUUACGAGGUCCCGCCGGACGAUAGUGGAAACUUAAGUGUUCGCUAAAUAGCGUUAUAGUGUCAAAGUGCAACGAGCUCCCGAAAGAGCGCGCGUGUGAGUGAAAUUUCGACGAUCAAUUUGCCCCAUCCUUAGAAGCAACCAACCGACCAGAACCAGCACGAUGCCUUUCAAGCCAGCGGAAAACCCAAAGUGCCCCAAGUGCAACAAAUCGGUGUACGCCGCCGAGGAGCGAGUCGCCGGUGGACACAAAUGGCACAAGGGAUGCUUCAAAUGCGGAAUGUGCGGAAAGAUGCUCGACUCCACCAACUGUGCAGAGCACGAGAACGAGCUCUACUGCAAAAAUUGCCACGGACGCAAGUACGGACCGAAGGGAUACGGAUUCGGUGGAGGCGCCGGCUGCCUAUCGAUGGACACCGGUGCCCAAUUCCAGGAAGCGGGCGAUGGAACUAACGGACACAUUGAGCCGAAACCGAUACCGAAAGCACCCGAAGGAGAAGGUUGCCCUCGUUGCGGUGGAUAUGUUUACAUGGCCGAGCAAAUGUUGGCACGUGGAAGAGCCUACCAUAAAGGAUGUUUCAAGUGUGGAGAUUGCAAGAAGGGUCUCGAUUCGGUGAACUGCUGCGAGGGUCCGGAUCGGGAAAUCUACUGUCGAGUAUGCUACGGUAAGAGGUUCGGUCCCAAGGGCUACGGCUACGGUCAAGGUGGUGGAGCCUUGCAAACCGAUAGCUCCGAUCUGAUUGGUCGGUUCGGUUCUCGAGGGUACGGCCACUCGGGUAUUUCUUUCCUUGGUCUUAUGUGCGAUGCUCGGGAUCUAGAGCUGCAGAGCGAAUUUACGCCGAAGCCAUCGACAGCGGAUACAACGGCCAUUAAGGCCUCACCCGGACAAGGCUGUCCCCGUUGUGGUGGUGUGGUAUUUGCGGCUGAGAUGGUACUCUCGAAGGGACGCGAGUGGCAUCGCAAGUGCUACAAGUGCCGUGACUGCACCAAAACUCUGGACUCGAUCAUCGCCUGCGAUGGUCCGGAUCACGAUGUAUACUGCAAGACUUGCUACGGCAAAAAGUGGGGACCACACGGAUAUGGUUUUGCCUGUGGAUCCGGUUUUCUACAGACGGACUGCAUGACCGAGGAUCAGAUUGCAGCGCAGAAGCCGUCCGUUCCAAUUGAUACAACCUCGAUCAAAGCUCCUGAGGGACAAGGUUGUCCACGUUGCGGUGGAAUGGUGUUCGCAGCCGAACAGCAGCUGGCGAAGGGUACGAUGUGGCACAAGAAAUGCUUCAAUUGUGCCGAAUGCCAUCGGCCACUCGAUUCGAUGAUUGCCUGCGAUGGACCGGACAGAGAAAUCCAUUGCCGCGCCUGCUACGGAAAACUGUUUGGACCGAAGGGUUUCGGUUUCGGACACACCCCGACUCUGGUAUCUACCGAUGUUCAAACCGCUCCAGUGUACACCAACUUCAAACCAAUGAACGGACCGAAAGCUCCCGAGGGCAAGGGAUGCCGUCGCUGUGGUUACACCGUGUACGAGGCGGAGAAGAUGCUCAGCAAGAACCUCAUCUGGCACAAGCGGUGCUUCAGCUGCUUCGAUUGCCACAAAUCGCUCGAUUCGACGAAUCUGAACGAUGCACCGAACGGAGAGAUCUACUGCAGAGGCUGCUACGGACGCAACUAUGGACCCCGUGGCGUCGGUUUUGGCAUAGGCGCCGGAGCGCUAACGAUGACGUAAAUUUCCUUUCAUUCAAUUCGAAGAUUUAUUUAUUUUCGCUUAUUUAGUUUAACUAUUAACAACUGUAAAAGUAAAAUAUAAUGUAUUUUCAAUGCUUUCCGCGAGAAAGCAAACGGACUUCAAACAGUACUACUGAUACCCUAUAUGCGCUAGUCGUGUUUUUAGCUAACACCCGUUUCGCGUACGGCAAACUCUGACAAAUCAACCAGUGUGUAAGAUGUAACAAAUAGACGGAGCUUCGCUGCUCUUAGAAAAAGAAGAAAAACAAAAACAAAUUAAAAAAGCACAUAAAAAUCUAGUUCAAACCAUAAAAACGAAGCUAAAGCACAGUGUUCAAAUUAAACUCAAGCUGCAACUGCAAACAAACAUGCGAACGACCAGGCUUCGAGCCUGUGAUCAUCUACCAGAAGAAAAGAGAAGUUAGGAAACGCAGAUUAACUCAUCCACCCGGCGCACAAGACAGGCACAAUUUUUGUAAAUGCGCCAAUUCGUAGAACAUAUAACAAAUAGGGGAAACCAUUUUUACCUGGUAUGAAACGAAAACUGUCUGAAUGUUGAAUUUUUUGUGCGAUACCGACCGACAUUGAAAUGCUGAGCGCUUGAAAUGAAGCGAAUGCUUGCUGAAAUCACCCAGAACCUUACAACAGUAAUCUUAGACCUUAGUUUAUCAUUUGAAAACGCUUAACUUACCAACAAUUUCUUUCGUUAGCUUUGAUACGUUAAUCACUGUGCAACCGAUGCAGGAAAAUAAUGGGGCUCUUGACAAACAGUUGAACGAUUAUCGUCCCGAAUUUUUUAUAUUUAGUCCCAAAUUUCACUUUGAUUGAGCAUGAUCUAAUACAAGGAGUCUCGUUACUUUGGUUAUUAUAGGUAGUAGAAAAAACAACGGACGGGAAAUUUUUUAUGAACGCGAAUUUUUUUAUGGAAUUUUUGCUCUCAAGUGAAGUGAGUUAGUUUAUUUUUUAACUUAUUUACUAGCGUUUAGGUGGAAGAAUGAAGAAAGAAAUACGAAGAGACCAAGCAACUCUUCUUGUCACAUUUGAUUAUCAUCAUUGCUGUAAUUCUGCAAAUUAAUAAACCUUAUACAAAUCGCUAAGUUAGUUGGUAAUAACGUGAAAGUAUGUAAACUAUAUAAAAAUAUUUAUUCAAUAAAAAUGCUAAAAUUCGGUAAAACCCA